UGAAGCAAACGUGGGAUGGGUUGCCAUGGAAACUGGCAUGUUGCCCGACGCGGAGACGGCGGGGCGGAGGAAGAGCUGGAGAAAGAAAAUGGUUCAAAGGUAAAAACUUGGCACAGGGAUGUUUGCUGCUGUCAAAGAUGCUGCCAGGCAAACCAAAGUCUCGGUGAUCGCAAGAGCAUCAGCAUCCUCUCUGUACCAUUUCUCCUUCUGGUGCCAUACCUGGGGCAAAGGAUACAGGUGAAGGCACAGCAUCGCAUAGGAAGGAAGGAACGAGCGAGCGAGCGAACGAAGGAGGUGGGAAGGAAAGGACGAGUGCAAGGACACAAACCCACCAGGAUGUUUGAUGACAUGGAAGAGAGUAAGGAGACGGACGGCAGCCUUUUGGGGGACCCCGGCCAGACGCCCCCCGGCAGGAAAGAGGACGCCAAAUGGCAACGGCCACGCUUGACCCGCAAAGCAUUGAUGAAAUGCUGCCUGGUGAAGUGGAUCCUCUCCAGCGCGGCUCCUCAAGGAUCAGACAGCAGCGAUAGCGAGUUGGAGCUUUCGACCAUCCGGCAUCAGCCCGAAGGCCUGGACCAGUUGCAGCUUGUGACCAAAUUCAGCAAGAAAGAGCUCCAGUCCCUUUACCGAGGCUUCAAGAACGAAUGUCCCAGCGGAUUGGUCGACGAGGAGACCUUCAAGCUGAUCUAUGCCCAGUUCUUCCCCCAAGGAGAUGCCACCAUGUAUGCCCACUUCCUCUUCAACGCUUUCGACGUCGACCGGAAUGGAGCCAUCCGUUUUGAGGAUUUUGUGGUCGGACUCUCCAUCCUUCUGCGAGGGACAGUGCAUGAGAAACUCAGCUGGGCCUUCAAUCUCUAUGACAUCAACAAGGACGGAUACAUCACCAAAGAGGAGAUGUUGGCCAUCAUGAAGUCCAUCUACGACAUGAUGGGACGUUACACCUAUCCGAUCUUAAGGGACGAUGCUCCGAUUGAACACGUGGAGAAGUUCUUCCAGAAAAUGGACAAAAACCAGGACGGUGUGGUCACCAUUGAAGAGUUCCUAGAGACAUGUCAAAAGGACGAGAACAUCAUGAAUUCCAUGCAACUCUUUGAAAACGUCAUUUAGGACUUUUAGAGGGGAAAGACCCCUUUCCGGUUCCUCCGACCCUUCCGCCUCCUUGGCCUGCACUCAGACUUUCUUCCUUGCGAAGCACACACUCUCGAUAGAGAAAGACAACAACAAAAGCAAACCAAAAACUCUUUUUUAUAUUCCAAAAUUGGGAGAGGGAGGGAAUAGACAAAACAUAAACCGCCCAGGAAAAAAGAUAAUGCCAUUGGCUUGCCGGAUUUGCAGGGUUUUUGAUGGCUGGGCAUCUAAAGGAGGAAAAGAGACCAAUGGUGAAGUGUGGUCCAAAGUGAAAAGGAUGGGGACAGAUGAGGCUUGGUGGCCAUCUGUCGGGAGGGUUUGGAUGGUGCUUUUCCUGCCUGGAGGAAAGAAAAGAGUUGGUGUAGAUGCCUUUUGGGGGAUCCUUGCAACUCUUCUCCAACAAAGAGGGGAAAACCUUGUGUUAAGAAGAGGCUAUCUGUCGGGAGGGAUCGGAUUGCACUUUCCUUUAUGGCAGAAAGAGGUCUGGGCUGGGUUCCCACUUCCAACUCUUGAAGUCUUUGAUUCUAUUUCUUAUGUUUAUAAUUGAAUGGUCAUCUCUCGGGAGAGAUCAGAUGGUGCCGUCCUUUAUUGCAGAAAGGAGGUGGACUAGAUGGUCUUUGGGGUCCCCCUUUCCAAGACCAAUUUUCUCCAUGAACCUACUGAUGACAAUGAAAUUGGAUGGCCAUCUGUCAAGAGGUUUUGGAUCAUGCCAUCUUGGCAGGAUGGGGUUGGACUAGAUGACCUUUGGGGUCCCUCUUUCCAAGCCCAAUUUUCUCCAUGAACCUACUGAUGACAAUUGGAUGGCCAUCUGUCAGGAGGGUUUGGAUCGUGCCAUCUUGGCAGGAUGGGGUUGGACUAGAUGACCUUUGGGGAACGCCUUUCCAAGCCCAAUUUUCUCCAUUAACCUACUGAUGAUAAUGAAAUUGGAUGGCCAUCUGUCAGGAGGGUUUGGAUCGUGCCAUCUUGGCAGGAUGGGGUUGGACUAGAUGACCUUUGGAGGACCC